AUGGCUGUGAGCGAUAAGAAAUUUAAUGAGAUCAUGACACAUAACAAAAUGCUUGAGACACAAAUCACACAACUAGAAAACACUUUAAAAGAUUGUGCUAGUCCUUCUUCAUUUCCUUCUCAAGGAGUUGAUCCUAAGAAACCCGUUUAUUCCAUCACCACAAGGACUGGAAGGGUUCUUGAAGAGAGAGUUUCUAGGGAUUGUAAGGAGGACAAGAAGAAGAGUGUUUCAAGUGAGGAAAAAGAGGAAGACGUGUCAAAAGAUGUAAGUAAAGAAGAGAUCCAUGAGAAAAAGAAGAGUGAUGAGAGAAAGCAAGAGGAAGUGAGAAAACUCGACCUUCCAUAUCCCCAAAAGUUUAUGAGGAACAAACUAGAUGUAAAAUUUAGGAGAAUUCUUGAAAUGUUGAAGGAGGUCCAUCUUUCUAUCCCUCUUACCAGAGCCAUGACCCAAAUGCCUAGAUAUUCCAAAUUCCUUAAGGAUAUCUUGAGUGGUAAGAGAGACUGUAAUGAGAUAGAUUCGGUAGAGGUUGGUGAGUGUUGUAGUGCUUUGAUUCACAAUGACCUUCCCAAGAAGAUGAAAGAUCUGGGUAAUUUCUCCAUUCCUUGCAAAAUUAUGAGUAAGUUAUUUGAGAAAUCUUUGUGUGAUUUGGGUGCUAGUGUGAGCAUAAUGCCCUUCUCGAUCUUCAAGAAGCUAAAUCUAGGAUAA